AUGCUAGGCUGGCUCCUGCUGUUGGCGGCAGCAGCCGACGCGCGCCCCAAGCCAAACACGAAGCCCGACACCUUAUUUAAGGGACCGGGAGUCACGAUUCUAGAUCGGCAGGGCGUCCAAGCCAUCCGAAACGAUAAAAGUGGUGCAACUGGAUGGGUCGUCGCAUUCUACGCGCCCUGGUGCGGCCACUGCCGCCACUACGCGCCCGAAUUUAAAAAGUUCGGCGCGGCCUUGCAGGGACACCCGAACAUCAAGGCGGGCGCCGUGUCGUGCACGGCCGAGCGCAAGGCCUGCGACGAGAACGCCGUCAAGGGCUACCCCACCGUCAAGAGCUUCGGGGUGCUGGGCCACGAUAUUGUACUGAAAAGGCACCAGUCGAAGGACCUGCUGGAGCUCGUGCGCUCGAAACAGACGGACGCCGCGUUCGCGGGCCUCGUGAAACCGAGGUGGAGUGAAGAACCCCCCAAGGUGAUCUCGGCACCGACGCCCCAGUCGCCCUACGACAAGAUCAUGGCCACGGCUUUACCUCCCCCAAAGCUCCGCGCGGCGCCAUCAACUAUCGACGCGGCGGCGUCGCUGCGGUUCCUGCUGGAGAACGUGUUCGUCGGUGAUCGAACGCUCACGGAGGAGAAGAGCGUCGCGCUGCGGGGUGUGUUAGCCGCCGUGGCGCGAGCGUCGCCCGAGAUUACCGUGGCAAGCGCCAUAUCAAUAUGUCUGCAGCAGCAGCCGAGCCCGACUUCUACAGAUUGGGCGUCUUGGCUGGAGGAAGACGGCGUCGUAACGUGCCACGAUCAAACGACGCGCGUCCAGCGCAAGCGCUGGACCAGUAGGUGCGACCCCGAGGGGAAAGGAACAGACGGGACGGCGUACACGUGCGGGUUGUGGGGCCUCUUCCAUGGAUUGGUGCAAUCACUAAAUGCGCGCGACGGUCUGAGUGCGGUCCGGGCGUCCAUGCACUUCUUCGGCUGCGAGGAAUGCAGAGACCACUUCCUCGAGAUGUACGAUUCUUGUAGAUACGGCCGCUGCGACGCCGACGCGGACGCGUCAUUGUGGCUCUGGCGGGCGCACAACGUCGUGAACGCGCGCACGCACGGCCACGUUGAGGAUGGCUAUAUUACGGCCAACACGCCGGACAACGCGGCGGCGUUUUGGGCCUUCCCGUCCGUGGAGCAGUGCGCCGACUGCCGCGACGGCAAGAAAUGGGAUUUGGACGGCGUGCGCGCUUUUUUAAAGCGCGAGUACGGCAAUGGUUCGUCGUCGGCGUCCGGCGUCUCUGCGCGCGGACGCGCCCUCAUAAUGUUUCUCGCAGGCCGGCGCCGCUCGCCGCGGCGCCGCCGCCCGGCUCCUCGCGCCUACACGGCCUUCUGAUCGUUUGUCUGGUUGGUGGCUGCGUGAUUUGUCUCUGUCUGCUCCGGCGGCGGCCUUUGACGCGCCGCAGCAGGUACAGGUUGCCCCACUAG